UCUCACGAACAACACAUAUUCCAUGACUUCCUUUCAAUCCGAGGACGAGCGAGAGAGGAUUCACCAUACAAACGACGCCUACACCCCCCCCAACCUACUCUAUUUCCUCAAGAUCACAAUCCCAUCGCUCAACAUGGUAGCGACGAACCGCGAUAGGCUAUGGAUCGCACAUUGAAGCGUGGACGCGAUGACGGUACCGGCAGCGAGAACGAAAACCUGAGCAGCUUGUCGAGGCCUAUCAGUCCGCCAGGCAAGAGGCAGCGCGCUGCUUCAGAGGCAACGACAACAUCAGAGGCAAGCGAGGAUGGAACGAAGCGAGAUGAGAGGGCUCCAGAAGCCAUCAGAGGGGCUGAGAGUGCCACCCGUGCUUCACCUUGGCAACUCACUUGGAUCCGCGACCUGCCCGAGGACCUGAAUCGUGAUGCAGUCACCUUGAAGGACCUCCUGGGUGAUCCGCUAAUCUCUCACUGCUGGGAGUUCAACUUCUUACACGACAUUGACUUUCUGAUGGACGCCUUUGAUCCCGACAUACGACAUCUGGUCAAUGUGCAUGUGGUUCACGGUUUCUGGAAGCAGGAGGAUCCCAACCGCCUGCGACUGGUAGAGAGUGCUGAAAAACGCCCCAAUGUUCACCUCCACACCGCAUACAUGCCCGAGAUGUUUGGCACACACCACUCGAAGAUGAUGAUCCUGUUCCGGCAUGACGAGACGGCUCAAGUCAUCAUCCACACAGCCAAUAUGAUCCCUAAAGACUGGACGAACAUGACAAACGCCGUGUGGAGGUCGCCCUCACUGCCUUUUGCAUCGCAGCCAACCCAGUUGCAACCCGAGUGCACGGAUAAUCAUCCGCUCGGCAGUGGAGAGCGCUUCAAGGCAGAUCUGAUGCACUACUUGCGCGCAUACAAUCAACGUCGGAAGGUUUGCAAUGAGCUGGUCGAUCGGCUGUGCAAGCACGACUUUUCAGCCAUCAGGGCUGCGUUUAUUGCCAGCGUGCCUGGGCAGCAUAAUGUCCACGAUACGGAUCACACGUCGUGGGGCUGGGCUGCACUGCGAAGGAACCUGCGCAACAUCAGUGCCGUGGAUGGACCAUCCGAAAUCGUCGUCCAGAUAUCCUCCAUAGCCACGCUUGGUGGGAAAGACGACUGGCUGCAAAAGACGCUGUUUGAAUCUCUCAGUAAAACGGCCACGGCCGGUGUGGCCAGGCCUCGCUUCAGGGUCGUGUUCCCUACCGCUGACGAAAUUCGUGAUUCGCUGGAUGGGUAUGCUUCUGGCGGCUCGAUCCAUACCAAGAUACAGUCGCCGCAGCAGGCAAAGCAAUUGCAGUACUUGCGGCCCAUCUUCUGCCACUGGGGGAAUGAUUCGGCGAACGGAAAAGCAUUGCCGGCAAACGUGCCUCAGCGCAAGGGCGGGCGGGCGCGAGCUGCACCUCAUAUCAAGACGUAUAUCAGAUACAACGCGCAAGGGGCGAUUGACUGGGCGCUCCUCACGUCGGCGAACCUAUCGAAGCAGGCAUGGGGCGAUGCUGAGAGGAAUGGGAUCGCGCGGAUCUCUUCGUGGGAAGUUGGCGUACUCGUGUGGCCCGAUCUCGUGGAACAGCAAGGCAGUAGUAAGCCGAGUCACAACACGCCCGCGCCGGGUCUGAACUCAAAACCGACGGCGACCAAAGGCAACGUGGGCCGCGAAGCUCUAUCUCUCUCCGAUCGAGGCUUCAACAUCUACACCUACAGCUCCUCCGGCAGCAAUGCCAACCGCCACAUCCUCUCCUCGUCCUUCCGCGCCUCCUCCCCCCUCGCCGAACAGUAUCUGGCCGCCGAUCUCGCCAACUGCUCCUCCGAGUCAGACGAGCAAGACGGCUCCGCCAUUGACGACGACGGUGACGAGGAUGACGACUUCCUCGACUCGGAGCACCACGAUGCUCAGCACCACUUCAUGUACAGGCGCGCCAGCGGCGUGGCAUACGGCGGCUCGCGGCCCGUCCUCAACAUACAGGAGGAGCCAGCGCCGCCCCUGACGGCGAUCGAGCAGAAGAUCUCGCGCGAAGCGGAGCGCAGCAUCCUGCGAGACAACCACGUCCUCCCGCCCAAGCACCGAAACCAGCCCCAGUCCCAGAACCCCGUGGCCCGCAUGUACCGCCACCUCUUCAGCACCAAGCUCCCCGUGGACGAGGAGGCACCCGUGUCCGUGCCCGCACGAUCCCGUGAGACCGACCCUCUGCUCGGGGCACCGACCCCCUCGACCGACGACAACGCCCUGGACUAUGCGUGGGAGGCCGCCGUCGCCUCGGGCAAGCUCAAGACGACGUGGCAGCGCGAGACCAAGACGCUGGCCGAGUACUCGGCCCCGUUGACCAUCACCUUCUUCUUGCAGUACUCGAUCAACGUGGCCAGCAUCUUCGCCGUCGGGCGUCUCGGCAAGGCGGAGCUCGGCGCCGUCUCGGUGGCCAACAUGACCGUGGCCAUCUCCUGCCUGGCCCCCUUCCAGGGCCUCGCCACGUCCCUCGACACGCUCUGCGCGCAGGCCUACGGCUCCGGCCACAAGCACCUCGUCGGCCUGCAGUGCCAGCGCAUGGCCUGCUUCCUCUUCACCCUCAUGCUCCCCGUCGCCCUCCUCUGGACCUUCUCGACCGAGAUCCUCAUGAAGCUCAUCCCCGAGCCCGAGUCCGCGCGCCUGGCCGGCCUGUACCUCAAAGUCAUGAUCGCCGCCAUCCCGGGCAUCAUCCUCUUUGAGUGCGGGAAGCGCUUCACCCAGGCCCAGGGCCUGUUCCGCGCCACCACCCACGUGGCCAUGAUCGCCGCCCCGCUCAACGUCCUGCUGCUCUGGCUGUUUGUCUGGAAGCUGGACAUGGGCUUCAUCGGGGCGCCCAUCUCCGUCGCCAUUGUCGAGAACGUCUUGCCGCUGCUGCUCUUCCUGUGGGUGCGCUUCGUCGACGGCCGUCAGUGCUGGGGCGGCUUCACCCGCCGCGCGCUCCAGAACUGGUGGGUUAUGGUCCGCCUGGCGCUGCCCGGCAUGGUCAUGGUCGAGGCUGAGUGGAUGGCCUUUGAGAUCAUGACCCUGCUCGCCAGUCGCUUUGGGUCCGAGUAUCUUGCGGCCCAGAGUGCCGUCGCCACGCUCGGCACGAUUGCCUACCAGCUCCCCUUCCCCGUGUCGAUUGCCGCGUCGACUCGCAUCGCCAACCUGAUCGGUGCCGGCAUGGUCGACUCUGCCAAGACAGCUGGCAAAGUGGCUGUCUGGGCUCUUGUCCUCAUUGGACUCUUCAACUUUACCGUCUUCUACCUGCUUCGCUACAAGCUCCCUCUCCUUUUCACAUCCGACGCCGAGGUCGUUGACCUCUGUGCGCGCGUCCUUCCUGUUGUUGCUUUCAUGCAGGUCGUCGAUGGUCUCUCUGCUGGUGCUCACGGUCUGCUCCGUGGCAUCGGCAAGCAGGCCAUCGGCGGUCCUGCCAAUCUCAUCGCGUACUACGGCAUCAGUCUGCCGAUUUCCUUGGGUCUGGCGUUUGGUCUUGAUUGGAGGCUAGAGGGCCUCUGGGUUGGCGUCUCUAUAGGGCUGGUUGCGGUUUCCUUGAUUGAAUAUCUAUACUUAUACCUCACGAGUUGGGAUGCGGCCGCGGCAGAAGCGGAAGUCAGAAACAACGCUGGCUAAGUAAGGCACGUCCUUACGUUUGAUUUACGACUGAACAAGUACACGGUUGGUUUUUGGCGCUGUAAGCAUAACUGGCAUUUUUCUCAUGUCCAUCUACCGCAUUGUUUCCUGCAGAGGAACCACCUUUAUUGAGUAUCUUUUAGAAUGGUAUAUAGAGCAUAAAAACACGGCCAUACUGCACAAGCAUAGCGGGCAAACCAUUUGAUG